AUGAAGUUGUCCGGCGUAUCUGCGGUCGCUCUAUGGGCCGCAGCGGUAACAGCUCAAGUCCGUCUACCAUUCACCCGGCAGUCUCACCAGCCAUUGAGCAGGAACGCCAGACGUCGUGAUGAUGAGCGUCGCUCCACCUCAACAGCCGACUUCUUUAGCGCGGACACGGUCUAUCUCGUAAACGUCACCGUCGGCACGCCGCCACAGAACAUGUCGAUGAUGCUCACCGUCCAAGCCGGGGAGACAUGGGUGGUCAACGCCAACAACUGCGACGAGGACGGAUAUUCGCUUAAAUACGGGUGGUGCAAAUACGGCUCCUUCAUGCCUAACGAGUCGUCGACAUAUGUCAACCCCGGCACUGAGACGUUCAUGACGAGCUACACAGAAGGGUACGCGUAUGGGGAGAUUAUGAGCGAAACACUGAGCAUUGGCGACGUCCAGUUGGGCAAAAUCAACAUGGGCAUCGUUGACACGGCAGACACGUAUAUUGGCGUACUGGCCCUGGGCUUCAACACGAGCGCGUACACCCCCAGUCCCUACAGCUCCAGCUCAAGUAACGCAUCCAGCGAAAGUCUGCCAACUGUUCCCGACCGCCUGCUCACUGAUAGCAAAAUCAACUCCACCGCGUACAGUCUAUGGGUCGAUGAUCUCUCCAAUGAGUCUGGGAGUCUGCUCUUGGGUGCAGUCGACAGGUCAAAGUUUGAGGGUCCGCUCACCCGCCUCCCGAUCCUGACUAGCUUUUCCACGUCAAAGGUCUUCAACACUCGGAUCCACUCUAUCAACGGCAGCAAGUCAUCAUCGGACGUCUUGGAGCCCUUGGGCAGUCUCGGGACGUCCUACAACGACGAAUCUAUCGUCCGGAUCAGUCCUCACAACAUCGCGUCCUGGCUUCCCGAUGACAUCGCCCAAGAUAUCUACGCCAUCGCAGGCGCGACGUGGCUUGAGUCGCAAUCGAACUAUGUAGUCCCUUGUUCUGCCAACACCUCAACUGCACAGCUGGCUAUCCAGCUUCACGGCUUCGAUGGGCCGGUUCUGAACGUGCCAAUUUCCGACCUCGUCAUUCCAGCUGACUUUUGGUCGUCGAGCAAGUGGUCUUGGGAUACUGAGACCGCAACACAAUACUGCCUCUUUGGAGUCCAGUCAGACAACUCAUCAACGUCCUCAACUUCCACCACAUCAGGCAGCUCAAGCUCGACAUUUAGCCUCGGCGGCAUGAUGCUGAAGCGCGCGUACAUGGUCUUCGACCUCGCCAACGAAGAGAUUGCCAUCGCGAAAACUAAGUUCGGCGACGGCACGACUGAAGACGUCAUCCCUUUCCCCAGCUACGCCGCAGAGAUCCCCGACUCUACCUCGGUCAGCGUCGUCGUUUCAGUCUAUUGUCCUGUGGGCGCGACGUCUGACGAGUGCGACCCUAAUGGAUCUGGAUCGGGCGAUGGCUAUGGCUAUUACGAUUCCGUUGGGCUUUCCAGGGGUGCCAAGAUUGGCAUUGGCGUCGGCGUCGGCGGGUUUUCGCUCAUCGUGCUGGCGUUGACGGUAUGGGCCAUCAUGAGGUGUCGGAGGAUCAGGCGUGCAGAAGCGGAGCUGGCUGAGAAACAGAAACGCGUGGAAGAGGGCACGGGAGCAGCUGCCGAUACUGGCAUUGAUAAGGAUUUGAAUCCUGCAAUGUCACAACAACCGCCCGUUGCAGUCAAGGAAAGCACAUCGAUGAGUGAGUGA